CAGCUUUGAUUCCUUGUGAAAAUUGCUAUAAAAGACGGCUAAAACUCCAUGUUUUACAUCAGUAACCUUAUAACCUUCCAAUCAAGUAAAGAAAAUGCAUUUAAUCACAUUUGUCGUUGUUUUGGUAUUGGCUCUCACCCUCUACCCCUACACUGCCGAGGCUCAAAAUUGUGCAACCAUUUGUCGUGAAACUGGCGGUCCAGUUUGCGGUAGUUUACGUCGUGGCAGACAAGAAUUAAAAUGUACCUUCAGGAAUUUCUGUAGACUUCAGAAACGUCGCUGUGCCACACGAGAAGAAUGGAGUGCCUUACUUGGACGUUGUACCCGUGACUCGCUUGAAUGUCGCAGAAUCGGAGGUCGCUAAAUUUUAUUUGAUGUGAAAUAUAUACAACACGUAAUUGACAUUGUAAUAUAACGUUGAUAUUGAAGUUAUUUUUUUUUUAAUUUGUGAAACUUUAAUAAUAAUAACUUAAUUCAUCAAAAGCUAUUAA